GACAGUCUCACGUUAUCAGUGUUAGCGCCAGGCACGGCCAGCGACCCACUACUCAUAAAUACUGCUCCGGGGCCUCUGUUGUCACAAAAGUCGCCUCGCUUGCAAGCAGGAGGAACCACAAGUCAGGAUGUCAGGAGGAGUGGCAACAAUAUUAUUGGGCGCGCUGGCCAUGAGCGUGGGCGUGCAGGCACUGGAGAAUGGAUUGGCUCGCACCCCGCCCAUGGGCUGGCUGGCGUGGGAGAGGUUCAGGUGCAACACAGACUGCGAAAACGACCCCCAUAACUGCAUCAGUGAGCAGUUGUUCAUGACCAUGGCUGACCUCCUGGUUAGCAGAGGCUACUCCAGCCUGGGCUACAACGUCGUGUCCCUCGACGACUGCUGGCCUGAGCACGAGCGCGACGAGCAGGGCAGGCUGCAGCCCGACAGCAAGCGCUUCCCGUCAGGAAUCCCUGCCCUGGCCGACUACAUGCACAAGAAAGGGCUCUAUUUCGGAAUCUACGAGGACUAUGGCAACUACACUUGCGGAGGAUACCCAGGCAUCCUCGGCCACCUGAAGACGGAUGCGGAUACGUUCGCAGAGUGGGGCGUCGAUUACGUCAAGCUAGACGGAUGCUACGCUGACCCGAAGGACAUGGAUGAAGGUUACCCAGACUUCGGCCAUUUCCUCAACGUGACCGGCCGACCCAUGGUCUACUCGUGUUCGUGGCCAGAUUACCAGCUGGCGUCUGGCAUGACUCCCAACUGGACGUCCAUCAUCGCGACCUGCAACCUCUGGAGGAACUUCGACGACAUCCAGGACUCGUGGGCCUCCGUGGCCAGCAUCAUCAACUACUACGGCGACAACCAGGACGACAUUGCGGUCAACGCCGGCCCUGGCCACUGGAACGACCCCGACAUGCUCAUCAUCGGCAACUACGGCCUGAGCUACGAGCAGUCCAAGGCGCAGAUGGCGAUGUGGGCGAUCUUCGCGGCGCCGCUCCUCAUGUCGGUCGACCUGCGCAGCAUCGACCCCAAGUACGAGGCCAUCCUGCAGAACAAGGACGUCAUCGCCGUCAACCAGGACCCGCUGGGUAUCCAGGGCAGGAGGAUCAGCAAGGAGAACAACAUCGAGAUGUGGACGCGGCCCAUCAGCCCCUCCCACGGGGACGACCACUCCUACGCCGUGGCCGUCCUCAGCCAGCGCACCGACGGCACUCCGACCGCCGUGACGCUGACUCUGAAAUCCCUCGGCCUGACGUCGGCCGACGGCUACCACGUGACCGACCUCUUCGAUAACUACAGCCUCGGCGUCGUGCAUCCCGACGACGAGGUGAAGGUGCACGUCAACCCCACCGGCGUCGUGCUGCUCAGGUGCGUGCUGGCGUCGGCUUUGUGAGGCUGACGAGCGGCGGCGGCGGAGAGAGGAACAAGGAGAGGCUUACGAAGGAUGCCGAGCCAGAGAGGCCUAUGGGCACUGGAUUUUUUUUUAUGUAAUUUACGCUUUUACUUUCAUCUGGAAAUAAAAACUAAAAAACUUAUU